GUCGUUUAGUCCCCACCUGACGAGCUCCUGACCGAUGACGUAGCACAGAGCGACGGUGACGCGACGCGACGCGACGCAGCAGCGGCAGCGACCACAGUAAAGAUGGCGGACAUGUCGGACGCCGAACGGCUGUCAGAGGAGAGAGAAGCCGACACAGAGCUCAGGAAACGACAAAAACGACCGUGGGAGGAUUUGCACAAGUCGGCCAAGAUCGCCAUGAGUCCCGGGCUGCCGGAGACGUUGGGAGUCUACGACAUAAGCGCUGUCAGGCGGCGGGAACAGCGGGAGCUCUCGGCAGAUCCGUCGUUCACACACUUCAUCUGCACAGAGCUCACCAGAGGGUACUUCCUGGAGCACAAUGAGGCAAAGUACACGGAGCGCCGAGAGAGGGUUUACACAUGCAUGCGUAUUCCCAAGGAACUGGAGAAGCUGAUGACCUUUGGCUUCUUCCUGUGCGUGGACGCCUUCCUGUACGUCUUCACCCUGCUGCCCCUCAGGGUGCUGCUGGCCCUGCUCCGCCUCCUCACGCUGCCAUGCUGUGGCUUCAGCGGGUCGCGACUGCUGCAGCCAGCGCAGGUGUGCGACGUGCUGAAGGGCCUGAUCCUGGUGCUUUGCUUCUCCAUGAUGCACUACGUCGACUACUCCAUGAUGUACCACCUGAUCAGAGGACAGUCCGUCAUCAAACUCUACAUCAUCUACAACAUGCUGGAGGUGGCAGACCGCCUCUUCUCCUCCUUUGGUCAAGAUAUCCUGGAUGCUCUCUACUGGACGGCCACAGAACCCAAAGAACGGAAAAGAGACAGUAUAGGCGUCAUCCCUCACUUCUUCAUGGCCGUCUUUUAUGUCUUCCUCCAUGCCAUCCUCAUCAUGGUCCAAGCCUCCACCCUCAACGUCGCCUUCAACUCCCACAACAAGUCCCUGCUCACCAUCAUGAUGUCCAACAACUUCGUGGAGAUCAAAGGAAGUGUGUUCAAGAAAUUUGAAAAGAACAACUUGUUCCAAAUGUCCAACAGUGAUAUCAAAGAGCGGUUCACCAGCUACGUCCUCCUGAUCAUCGUCUGUCUCAGGAAUAUGGAGCAAUUCUCAUGGAACCCAGACCACCUGUGGGUGCUGUUCCCCGACGUCUUCAUGGUCGUCACCUCGGAAGUCGCCGUCGACAUUAUCAAACACGCUUUCAUCACAAAGUUCAACGACAUCACCGCAGAUGUGUACAGUGAAUACAGAGCCAGUUUGGCCUUUGACCUCGUCAGCAGUCGACAGAAGAAUGCCUGCACGGACUACAGUGACUCAGUGGCUCGGAGGAUGGGCUUCAUCCCUCUGCCUUUGGCUGUUCUGCUCAUCCGAGUGGUGAUGACUUCAGUGAAGGUGCAGGGAGCCCUGUCGUACACGUGUGUGUUCCUCUGUUAUCUCGGGCUGGUUACACUUAAAGUGUUGAACAGCAUCGUGCUCCUGGGGAAGUCGUGUGUCUACGUCAAGAGGGCCAACAUGGAGGACAAACUGUUCGAGAAGCCCUCCACCUCCGCGUCUUCCUCUGCAAAGACACCCAGCAAAGCUGACCAGGCCAGAUGUCCCACGCCUUCAGGUGAUUCCAACGCGGAUCAAGUCCCCGCCACGCCCUGCAGCCCACCGUCCUCCUCCUCUCCCUCCUCUCCCUCCUCUGUGACCGCCCAGCCGACUCCCAGGACUGACCUGUUUCCUCCCCCGCCGCCCGCCGCCGCCGCCUCACCUGCCGCACCGGCGAGCCGUCCUCCAUCCCCGCCGCCGGCUGAGCCGGAGCAACCCGCGGCCUUGCUCUCCAAAGAGGAGGAGGAAGGGGAGGCGCCAGAAGCCGACGAGGUGAAGCACAGGACUCCCAAAAAAGACCUGCUGGAGAUCGACCGCUUCACAAUCUGCGGCAACCGCAUCGACUGAGCAGCAGCGGCAGUGAUUAACCACUCAGGAAAGACAGACAGCAGAGGCCUGUCGGCCCUCCAGGCCAACAGCUGUAGAAAGCUGAGUAUUUAUCAAAGUCGGCGGCGAUACAGUAAGUUAAUGUGAACAGGGACGCAGCCCGAGACCAUCCUGCUUUUGUUGAAGCCUGAAGCCGAGAAGUUUGACAACGAAAAAGCUUCAGCAGGAUUUAACAGCAGGAGACGGUGUGAGUCGCCAGGAGUGUGUGUGUGUGUGUGUGUGUGUGUGUGUGUGUGUGUGUGUGUGUGUGUGUGUGUGUGUGUGUGUGUGUGUGUGUGUGUGUGUGUGUGUGUGUGUGUGUGUGUGUGUGUGUGUGUGUGUGUGUGUGUGUGUGUGUGUGUGUGUGUGGAGGUGUCAGGAUGGUUCAGUAUUCAGAGUGAGAGCGUGUGAUGCAGGGUACGUGUGAGAACACAAGCACUUCCCGUGUGAGCAGCACUGGGACCAGCAGGAGAGAAGGUUCUCAGUUUGCUCAGCAGCCAGACAACGGAAUCACUUCCAAAUUGCUACCUUCAAGCUAUAAACGUCAUUUAUAAACACUUUUAUAUUUUCCCCUUUUCCUCUAAAAGGCUUGAUAAAAUCUAACAUCAGCCCAAUUUACGAGACAAACAACUCUGAUCUGAUUUAUGUUCGCGAUUCAACCAAAAACUGUAGAUCUAUACCUUGUUAGAAUGUGGAAAGGCUUCACAGAGGUUCUUCCAAAAAGGUACUUAAGGUCACAAGAAAGAUACAUUUGUAAAGUCAUGGGGUGAUUACAAUUUUUUUUUCACCAGUUUCCUUCUAAUUCCUUGGAUAAUUUUAUCUUUUUGAGGUCUCUGAAAAAUGAAAACAGAAAACAAGAAAAAAAAUAUUUUUAGGCUGAAUUGGUCACAUGUUCACAUACAACUGGAAAUGAGCAGUUGGUCACGUACAUUGUUUUGUUUUUUUCAAAAGUACCUUAGCUUAAAGUUCUUUUUUUGGUCGCUGUCUUUUGAACACUGCAACAAACAGUCGCACACUGUUGAUAUUGGAGUCGACGCAUCUCCGAUCGUUUCACUCGCGGCUCAGUUCAAGCCAAAAUGAAAGUUUAUACCUCAGUUGGAAAAGAACUGUGACUCUUAAAAGUGGAGCAUUUCAUUUACAAAGCCGACAGUUAGUCAUUUGCAUUGUCAACAACUGAGAAACCUUUUAAGAUAAUCGUGAGGUCCCUCUCGUCACCUUGUCCCCGACGACUAAUAUUCCAUAUCACAUCCGGUUUAAGAUUAUGACGAGUGUGAUUCUGUUGGAUGAAAAUCGUAUUAAAGUAGAACGUUUGCACUGAUCGACCACAUUGUCUUAUAUACGACAGGUCGCGUUUCUCAUCGGACUGUCGAGUAAUAUUCUAAUGUUUACAUCUUUAGAAAAAGAGAAAAGCAAUAUUUCCACAACAGAAUGCCUUCUGUUCUUUUCUUUUUUGCAUCCAUACGUCUAAUUUUGUCGACUGACCUUGUGAAUUUCUUUUUGCUAUAAUUUAAACUUGUCUUUUAUUGCAAUGAAAAAUCUAUGGAGACGAUAUUGAACAGACCAGUUAUUAUAUAUAUAUAUACCAUCAAGCUUGAUUUUGCUACCCAUGUUUUUUUUGUAAUUAAGUGUAAACAAAAUUUGAUGUAUUAUUCCUAACAUUAUAUAUCCGAGUGCUAUAAUCACACGUUUCCUGCGGCCAGACCAAAUAUUUCAGCACUGUCAGAGAAUCUCAUCAUCAAAUCAAUCAAUCAAUCAAUCAAUAUCGGUACGUUAUGCAGCACUUCCUGGUUCCUGCACCAGGUUGUACUUUGCAUUUCCUUCUAGUUUUUCCACAGCAACAGUUUUGUGCAUCAGUAUUAUUAGCAUAGAGUAUUAUUUUUGGCAGAAUUAUUACGAUAAAUACAUUUGACUGGUACAAGAUUGAAUUAUUAGGGUUGAAAAUUACAGUUUCAAAAUUAAAGCUGGUGAAUUUUAUAACUGUCUAGAAUCAAUUCUCUCAGAGUUCCUUUGUUCCCCCUCUUCCUGUCCCUCUCAAUUUUCCGGGGAGUCAUAUAAAAGGUCAUUUCUUUCCUGCCUUGUUAAUAAGUCAAACAUGAAUGUUUUAUUUUAAUAUUUUUGCAGUAAGCAGAAAGAAAAUGUAUAAAGUGUUUACACAUAUCAGCAUUGAUUUGAUUCUGUUUUGGUGCGAGAGAGAAAAUAAUGAUGUUCAUUACCAUUGUAAUAUAAGAUAAUUCUAUAUUUUUGGAGCUGCCACAUAUAUAUAUGUAUAUAUAUUUUCUUUUCUUUUUUUGCCGCAUGAAACCUGACUAUCAAACGUCUCGUCUCCACCGGCCUGAGCUCAGCCUCGCUGUGGUUGCCCGGGUUCAAAGUCUUCACUGUCGGCUGAAUGAGCCGGACUGGUCCCAGUCUGUACCGGACUGGUCCCAGUCUGUACCUGACUGGUCCCAGGUUGUACCUGACUGGUCCCAUUCUGUACCUGACUGGUCCCAUUCUGUACCGGACUGGUCCCAGUCUGUACCGGACUGGUCCCAGGUUGUACCUGACUGGUCCCAGUCUGUACCUGACUGGUCCCAGGUUGUACCGGACUGGUCCCAGUCUGUACCUGACGGAACUAAAACUGGACCCAGCUGAGCUCAGCCGCGCCAACGGAGACGAGGCACUUUUGCCCUUAUGCAAGCCGGUCAUGUACACCGCCUGCUUUGGUUUCACCAGUUUGGUUCCUUUUAUUUAAUUGUAUGAAAAUGCCUUCUUUUGGAUCAAUAAAAAGUUUUAGUUUUU